AUGUGGGAAUUACAAGAAAUUCUUCAGGAACAUCAUGUGUUUUAUCCUAUAUAUCAACAAGCUCAUGAAAUUCUUUCUCAAGUAUGUGAAGAAGGUGUAUCCGAAACUGACUUAGCUGUUCAUCUUCAUUUCAAUGUAGCAACAGAUCGACAUCGCUAUAAUCUUCCCACAUCAAAUGAAAUAGCUGUUAUUUUACCUGGUGAUGGAUCAGAGCCAAAGGCAAUGCGUGACAUUGUAAUUCGAUUACAUGGAGGACCACUAGAACGUAUUCACGAAGCUCAUCCAGCAUAUUUACCACUUCAUUAUGUGCUUUUUUUUCUAUAUGGAGAGCUUGGUUGGCAUGUGGAAUUGCAUCACACUUUAAUAGAUGAAUACAGACAAUAUAUUGAAGAUCAGAGUAAAGCCUCAUGCCUAACGCAGAUGGAUUUUUACUCAUUUUGUCUUUUUUCACGUCAUACAGAGUUCUUGACGAUUCUUCGAGGUGGGAAGUUAUUGCAAGAAUUUAUGGUAGAUGCAUGGGCGACAACUGAGCAAAAUAGACUGAGGUACUUACGUAUGAACCAGGAUGUACUACAAGCAGAUGUAUAUCAGGGCCUCGCAGAUGCAUUAGGAACUAUUGUAAAUGAGGAGAUAAAUUUGAAUAAUCUUGGGCGGCGUAUAAUCCUUUAUUCAACACAUAUCGGAAGUGCACGUCAUAUGUUUGAGAUUUUUCAAGAUUCUAUAGCUAUAACCUGA